AUGGCGCUCCUUCAAUUCCGGGCGCCUGUAGACUACGACGAGCAUCAAAAGGCUCUUGAAGAAUUUAUUUCUAGCUUUAAAAGCGCCCCAACACGCAGUCUCGAUCACGCUUUGAACGAAAUGAAUAUUGAAGAUGAUUUUUUCAGUGAUGACAAUAACUCUACUAUCAAUGACAAUGAAGCGCCCGAAGAAUUCCAAAAAGAAAGGCAUUUCAAUAUACAACCCAAACUUAAGUAUAUGGAUCUGCUACAAAAAAUAUCAGAUAGGUUUGAAGACGAAAUAACAAUCGAUUUAGAUGACUUGGCCCAGUAUGAUCAACAGCUAGAAGAUAAUGGUGUUCACAUGGGCCUAGUAUCAUCUAUUGAAAAAAAUGCCAAGCAUUAUCUCGAAAUUAUGGCGAGAGCAGUAGACAAUAUGAUGCCAUUACCUACAAGGGAAAUCAAAGACAGCCACAAAGAUGAUGUAUUAGAUGUACUCAUGACUCAACGCACCGCCCGAAAUAAUGUCCUUCUACUCGCAGCAGCGCAACAGCCUGAACUCCAAGAGCAACCAGAACUUUUCCCUGCUGAGCUUAUGCGUCGAUAUUCUUUGAACUUUAAACCAAGAAUGAAUGGGAAUGAGCCAAUAAAAGCAUUGGCAGUGCGUCAAGUACGAGGAGAACAUUUAGGUCAUAUGAUCACUGUGCGUGGAAUCGCAACCCGAGUUUCAGAUGUCAAGCCUACUGUGGAAGUUAAUGCAUAUACCUGUGAUCGAUGUGGGUGUGAGAUUUUCCAACCAGUGGGAUCCAAAACCUUCGGACCUCUCACCGAAUGUCCUUCAAAAGACUGUGAAAGAAACCAGUCUAAAGGUCAACUGCACCACUCUACCCGAGCCUCGAAAUUUCAGCCUUUCCAAGAAGUGAAGAUUCAAGAAAUGGCAGAACAGGUACCCAUUGGUCACAUUCCUCGAAUGUUAACUGUUAUGUGUCACGGAGCUCUCGUCCGAAAGAUAAAUCCUGGAGACACAGUCGACAUUGCAGGAAUUUUUCUACCAACCCCAUAUACUGGAUUUAAAGCCAUCAGGGCAGGUCUUCUGACAGACACAUAUUUGGAGGCACAAUAUGUAACCCAACAUAAAAAAGCUUAUGAGGAUCUAGCCAUGGAUAAUAGAGUAUUUAAACGAAUAGAUCAAUACCGAAUCUCUGGACACAUUUACGAGUACCUCGCAAACUCAAUUGCGCCGGAAAUAUAUGGGCAUCUAGAUGUUAAGAAAGCGCUCCUUCUUUUAUUAGUUGGUGGCGUGACAAAGGAAAUGGGUGAUGGGAUGAGAAUUAGAGGAGAUAUAAACAUAUGCCUUAUGGGUGACCCUGGUGUUGCUAAGUCACAGUUGCUCAAGUAUAUCACGAAGGUUGCACCCCGUGGAGUAUAUACUACCGGUCGAGGAUCCAGUGGAGUCGGUCUUACUGCGGCUGUUAUGAGAGAUCCCGUCACCGAUGAGAUGGUUCUUGAAGGUGGAGCCCUGGUUCUUGCUGAUAAUGGUAUAUGUUGUAUAGAUGAAUUUGACAAGAUGGAUGAUAGCGACCGCACUGCAAUCCAUGAAGUCAUGGAACAACAAACAAUCUCCAUUUCUAAGGCCGGGAUAUCUACCACUCUGAACGCACGUACUUCUAUACUUGCUGCAGCCAAUCCGCUUUAUGGGCGUUAUAAUCCUCGUAUCUCUCCGGUCGAAAAUAUCAAUCUUCCGGCAGCUCUUCUAUCUCGUUUCGACGUUUUAUUUCUUAUUCUUGAUACACCAUCGCGGGAUAAUGAUGCCAUGCUCGCUCGCCACGUUACUUACGUGCACAUGAAUAAUCGUCAUCCUGAUAAUGACGGUGUGGUUUUUACGCCCCAUGAGGUACGGCAGUAUAUUGCUCAAGCACGAUUGUAUCGACCGAUUGUACCAACAACAGUCUCUGAAUACAUGGUCAAAGCCUAUGUACGGAUGCGCGAACAACAACUACGUGAUGAGAAGAAUAAGAAACAAUUCACACACACAUCUCCGCGAACCCUCCUGGGAAUCCUUCGACUAGCUCAGGCGCUGGCACGUCUUCGAUUCUCCGAGGAAGUUCUACAAGAUGAUGUUGACGAGGCCUUAAGGAUAAUUGAAGCUUCAAAAGAGAGUUUAUACCAGUCACAGGAUGGAAUUGGACGGGAUAUGUCGCCAACAUCUCGUAUCUAUAACAUGGUACGAACUCUAGCCGAAAGUGGCCAAUGCCGACCUGAUGAUUCCAAUGAUGAUGCUGAAGAUGGAGACAUGGAGCUGAGUAUGCGAAAGGUUGAAGAAAGGAUAAUUGCAAAAGGAUUCACACGGGAUCAGUGGCAGAAUGCUGUUCUCGAAUAUACUGAAUUAGAUGUUUGGCAGACAGCAGGUAACGGAACAAGACUUGUUUUCAUUGCCACGGGCGCUGUUCAUACGGCACGGGAGCCCAGCUUAGAAAUGUAG